CCCAGCUCGCAGCCGGGCGGGAGAGAGAAGCCCUCGGGACGGCCUCGGGACCGUCUCCGGGUGCUUGGGUGCCUCUGCACACCUAGAAGAGCUACGUCCGCGGGACAGGCUCAAGAUGCGGCCGGGACGGACAGGGGGCGCCCCGCUCCGGCUGGUGUUGGUGCUCAGCCAAGGCAUUUUAAAUUAUUGUAUGGCAUACAAUGUUGGUCUCCCAGAAGCAAAGAUAUUUUCUGGUCCUUCAAAUGAACAGUUUGGCUAUGCAGUGCAGCAGUUUAUAAAUCCAAAAGGCAACUGGUUGCUGGUUGGUUCACCUUGGAGUGGCUUUCCUGAGAACCGAAUGGGAGAUGUGUAUAAAUGUCCUAUUGAUCUAUCCACUGCUACAUGCAAAAAGCUGAAUUUGGAAACUGCCACAAGCAUUCCCAAUGUUACCCAAAUGAAAACCACCAUGAGCCUUGGCCUGACACUCACAAGGAACUUGGGAACCGGAGGAUUUCUUACAUGUGGUCCCCUGUGGGCACAGCAGUGCGGAAAUCAGUAUUACACCACGGGUGUUUGUUCUGACGUCAGUCCCGAUUUUCAGCUCUUGGCCAGCUUUUCACCUGCCGUGCAGACCUGCCCUUCCCUCAUAGAUGUUGUGGUUGUGUGUGAUGAAUCAAACAGUAUUUAUCCCUGGGAUGCAGUAAAGAAUUUCUUGGAAAAAUUUGUACAAGGCCUGGAUAUAGGCCCCACAAAGACACAGGUGGGGUUAAUUCAAUAUGGCAAUAAUCCACGAGUUGUGUUUAACCUGAAUACUUUUAAAACCAAAGCUGAAAUGAUUGAAGCAACAUCUAAGACAUUCCAGUAUGGUGGCGAUCUCACAAACACAUUCAAAGCAAUUCAAUAUGCAAGAGAUUUCGCUUAUGCAGCAGUUGCUGGUGGAAGACCAGGUGCUACCAAAGUAAUGGUGGUUGUAACUGAUGGUGAAUCACACGAUGGUUCAAUGUUGAAAGCUGUGAUUGAUCAAUGCAAUAACGACAAUAUACUACGGUUUGGUAUAGCAGUUCUUGGUUACUUAAACAGAAAUGCCCUUGAUACUAAAAAAUUAAUAAAAGAAAUUAAAGCAAUUGCCAGUAUUCCAACAGAAAGAUACUUUUUCAAUGUGUCUGAUGAAACAGCUCUACUAGAAAAGGCUGGGACAUUAGGAGAACAAAUUUUCAGCAUUGAAGGUACUGUUCAAGGAGGAGAAAACUUCCAGAUGGAAAUGUCACAAGUGGGAUUCAGCGCAGAUUACUCUCCUCAAAAUGAUGUUCUGAUGCUGGGUGCAGUAGGAGCUUAUGGCUGGAGUGGGACUGUUGUCCAGCAGACAUCACACAGACAUUUGAUCUUUCCUAAACAAGCCUUUGACCAAAUUCUGCAAGACAGAAACCACAGCUCAUAUUUAGGUUACUCUGUGGCUGCAAUUUCCACUGAAAAGGGCACCCACUUUGUGGCUGGUGCUCCUCGGGCAAAUUAUACUGGCCAGAUAGUGCUGUACAGUGUGAAUGAGAAUGGCAAUGUCACAGUUAUUCAGGCCCAAAAAGGUGACCAGAUUGGCUCCUAUUUUGGUAGCGUGCUGUGUUCAGUUGAUGUGGACAAAGACACUAUUACAGAUGUGCUCUUGGUAGGUGCACCAAUGUACAUGAAUGACUUAAAGAAAGAGGAAGGAAGAGUCUACCUGUUUACUAUCACAAAGGGCAUUUUGAAUUGGCACCAAUUUCUUGAUGGCCCCAAGGGUAUUGAAAAUGCUCGAUUUGGCUCAGCAAUUGCAGCUCUUUCAGACAUCAACAUGGAUGGCUUUAAUGACGUGAUAAUUGGUUCACCUUUGGAAAAUCACAACUCUGGGGCUGUGUACAUCUAUAAUGGUCACGGGAGCACCAUUCGCAGAAGGUAUUCUCAGAAAAUCUUGGGAUCUGAUGGAGCCUUUAGUAGCCAUCUCCAGUACUUUGGGAGAUCCUUGGAUGGCUAUGGAGAUUUAAAUGGGGAUUCCAUUACCGAUGUGUCUGUUGGUGCCUUUGGACAAGUCGUUCAGCUGUGGGCACAGAGUAUUGCUAAUGUAUCUGUGGAUGCUUCAUUCACACCAGAUAAAAUCACUUUGUUCAACAAGAAUGCUGAGAUAAACCUCAAACUCUGCUUCAGUGCCAAGUUUAGACCUACUAAACAAAAUAAUCAAGUGGCCAUUUUAUAUACUAUCACAAUUGAUGCAGACCAAUAUUCAUCCAGAGUCACCUCCAGGGGUUUAUUUAAGGAAAAUGAUGAAAGGUUCCUGCAGAAGAAUAUGGUAGUAAAUCAAGCACAGAGCUGCUCUGAGUACAUCAUCCACAUACAGGAGCCCUCUGAUGUUGUCAGCUCUUUGCAUGUGUGUGUGAACAUCAGUCUGGAAAACCCUGGCACCAGCCCCGCCCUUGAAGCCUAUUCGGAGACUGCCAAGGUCUUCAGUAUUCCUUUCCAUAAAGACUGUGGUGAGGAUGGAGUUUGCAUCUCUGAUCUAGUUCUUGAUGUCCAACAGCUGCCAGCUGCUCAAGAACAACCCUUUAUUGUCAGGAACCAAAACAAAAGGUUAACUUUUUCAGUAACAUUGAAAAACAAACAGGAAAGUGCAUACAACACUGCAAUUGUUGUUGAUUUUUCAGAAAACUUGUUUUUUGCCUCCUGGUCCAUGCCGGCUGAUGGGACAGAAGUGACAUGCCAGGUUGCGUCCCCUCAGAAGUCUGUUACCUGCAGUGUAGGCUACCCCGCUUUAAAGAAGAGUCAGCAGGUGACUUUCACUAUUAACUUCGACUUCAAUCUUCAAAACCUUCAGAAUCAGGCCUCUGCCAGUUUCCAAGCCUUCAGUGAAAGCACUGAGAACAAUGAGGCAGAUAACUCGGUCAGCUUCCAGAUCCCUCUGCGAUAUGAUGCUGAUAUUCACAUAACAAGAUCCACCAACAUAAAUUUUUAUGAAGUCUUCUCAGAUGGGAAUGUGCCUUCUGUCAUGCAGAAUUUUGAAGAUAUUGGUCCAAAAUUCAUCUUCUCCAUUAAGGUAACAACAGGAAGUGUUCCAGUAAGCCUGGCAACUGUAGUCAUCCACAUCCCUCAAUACACCAAAGAAAAGAAUCCACUGAUGUACCUGACCGGGGUGCACACGAAUCAGGCUGGCGACAUCAGCUGUAAGGCUGAAAUAAACCCACUGAAAAUAGGACAAACAUCUUCUUCUGUAUCUUUCAAGAGGGAAAAUUUCUGGCAUGUAAAAGAAUUGAACUGCAGAACUGCUUCCUGUAGGACUGUUACCUGCUGGCUGAAAGACCUCCAGAUGAAAGGAGAAUACUUCCUCAAUGUGUCUACCAGAAUUUGGAAUGGGACUUUUGCAGCAUCGACUUUUCAGACAGUACAACUGACAGCAUCUGCAGAAAUUGACACCUAUAAUCCCCAGAUAUAUGUGAUCGAAGAAAACACAGUCACGAUUCCUAUUACGAUAAUGAAACCCCAUGAGAAAGCUGAAGUACCAACUGGAGUUAUAGUCGGAAGUGUAAUUGCUGGAAUCCUUUUGCUAUUAGCUCUAGUGGCGAUUUUAUGGAAGCUCGGCUUCUUCAAAAGAAAAUAUAAAAAAAUGACCAAAAAUCCAGAUGAGAUUGAUGAGACCACAGAACUCAACAGCUAAAGCACCACAGUCAGUCACUGGAGUGGGAACCAGAAGCACCACAGCCCGGGUCUGCUACCUGCAUGAGUGGAGUUUUUUAAAUCCCUGUGUUUUAUAAUGUAUUAGGGUACAACUAGCCUGAUAUUUCAAGAAAACUGCAGGUCAGUUUAGAAAUAAGAAAUUGGGGGGCAGAGAGGGUAGGAGUUAAUGGGGAAAAGACUUAUUUUAAUUGGGGAAAUAAGUGAUCUUUACACUGGCUGGUCCAGAGUUUAUGUUAUCAUGUGCAUUGUGUCAGAAACAUGAAAUGCUUCCAAACAUGAGAAGUCUUAAAAAUAUAACCUUUGUUAGAUUUUUUGGGGGUAAAAAAAACCAAUCAUUUAAAAUGUUUGUUUUUUAAACAGCAACAACGAAAGUGGAAAUGCUGGUUAUUUAUAAGUAGCUUGGAUGUCGAUGUUGAUGAGGGAAAAAGAAACAGGUCUUUCUGCUCAUCCAAAGUUGCCACAAAGGAUAUUUUAAGUGAUAAUUUUGUUUAUAAACUAAGUAAAAUUUGCUGUUGUCAGCCCACAGCUGCCUCCUCAGUCCUUUUUUAGCUACGAGGUACUUAACAAAACAUGCUUGCAUAAGGCAGGAGUCUAGAGUAUGCUUCCUGCAGAGGAAAUCUCCCUUCAAGAAGAGGUGGGUGGGAGGGUAUUAGUUUUAAGGCCAAAGCACAAAAUUUUGUUUAAAACCUGUAGUAUAACAUUUGUUUAUAUUAAUAAAUCCUGUCUGCUGGAGGCCCUCCCUGUGCCAGGGGACUAAGUAGGAAGUUUCCUUUCUCCUUCAGGAUGCACAGCAGGCUGCCUUGACUGGCUGGCUGGCAAAGAACUAGUACAUUUUUUAAAGACAAUUUCUUUGGCCUUCUUCCUCCUUCCGGACUAAGCCACUCUCCCACCUCCUGGUGCCCCAAUCUUCUAGAAGCCCACCUUCCUUUAUCCCUUAUCCAGUCUCCUGUUCAUCAGAGCACCUGCUUUCUACCAAGUGUGAGGAUGAAAACUCCUGUUUAACUUGUCAGAAUUACUGUCCUAUCAUCUCAACUUCGGGGAGCAGUUCUCAUUUAUUGCUAAACAAGUGAGAAAAAUAAGCCUGAGUAAAUUUCUAAUUGUUGGAAUUUCAAGCAGUGUAAACAAGGUAAAAGAAAACAAAGUCUUAGGAAUUUGCCAGGAACCACAAAGGGAUGGAUAUUGGAGACCACCAGGCCACCCUCUGUGCUUUUCUUUCUAGAGGAUUUAAACUUGCAGAAUGACUUUCACCAGGCAAAUUUGCUCACGAGGUAAAUUCUCAGGCCCCAACUCCCGUGAGCCUUAUUUGGUCAGACUAGGAUGACGCCCAGUAAUUCACAUUUUCACAAGCAUCCUGGUCGUUAUGGUGUAAACAGACCACCUUGAGGAAUACAACCCAUUUCUCCUUUUGCAUCUUUUCUCUAUUUCUGAGAUCACACAUUCUCUAGGACAGAGUGGGGAGUAAAGGGCGCAGGCCAAGGCAGUGGAGACUAUUUUAUGUCAGGAAUUGCAAAACAAAGCUUUGGACAAGUCACUGUGCUUCCAUAAAUUCCAGCAUCCUCAUUAUAAAAUGGGAAGACUGGGUGAGAGCUCAGCAGCGACACUUUUAGCUUUAGAAGUCUAUGAUCAGGAUUUCUUGUAAUACAAGUAGACAAUCCUCCAAGAAUUUGACAGGAAGUCAAAGAAAAACAGGUAUUUCUUUGUGUGUGCCUGCGUAGCCUCUCUGCUGGCAGUCCAGAGCUAUCUGCACUGUUUAAUGAUUUACUUUGUGCUUGAUAAAACACAAUUAUAAGAUAGAGGAAUAAAACCAGCCGUAAAAUGUCUGGGGUUUAUAGGAAAAAACCAUAUAGUAUUCUAUGUGCUGGAAGCCAAUUCUUACAACAGCUGUGUGGAUUCACUUUCAUUCUAAUAAAAAUUUUAUUUAAAAAAAAUGGAGGAGAAACUGGUCAUGAACUUGAUAAACAUUUAUAAGCUAUGUAACUGCUGAGUGUAUAUAGAGAGAUAGUAGCUCUUCAGUGUGCUAUGUACAAAAAAGUUAUAGCAUGUCUUUACUUCUACUGUACUUUGCCUCACCUUCCUUAGAUAAGCACUAAACUGAGGUCAGGACCCAGCAAGCUCAAGAGCCUUGGCAAGCCUUGGGCUUAGGACUCUGCCCUGAGGACACUGUUUCCAUGAAGAAGUUGGAUUACUACAAACUAAAACAUUAGCCACUUGUUCUGCACCACUUACUGCAUGAGGGCAGGGUUUCUCACUACUGACAUUUGGGGCCAGGUAAUUCUUUGCUGUGGGGUGGACCUGUGCAUUGUCCAAUGUUAGCAGCAUCCCUGGCCUCUAUCUACCGGAUGCCAGAGGCCCCCUCUGCCCCGUCUCUAGGUGUGUAUUAUGUCUCCUGGAAGGAAGCCCUGCGCUGUGAGUAAGGGCCCUAAACUUCUAACAGAUUACAGGUUUGAGGGAGAGGCUCUAGUGAGGAAUAUGUCUCAAGCACCUUUAUGCAAGGUAUUUAAGAAAGAAUUUUUUAAAACAUUGUUUGAAAAAAAGGGAUAUAUCCCUAUUCAGCCAUACUUUUAAAAGUAAGUAGAGUAUGGAGCCUAAAAGAUGCCAUCCUAAAAUUUCCAUUUCAUAAAUAGUAUAUAGACAAGAUCUAUAGAAAGUGAUAAAAACAGAGUUGCUUCAUGCAUGGCUGCCCCACAAGCCUUAUAAAAUAGUUUGUGAAGAAACUUGCACUGAGAUUUGAAAUUGUGCAUGGUUCAUUUUAGCAGCAAAAUAACACCUAACUAGAUAAAAUUUUUCUAGCUGGCAUUAUUUUUAUAAAUAAUAAAAGCUAUCUAUUAACUGUGAAAAGAACACUAAAACCAACUUAUCAUAAGUACACAAGUGAUUAUACUUUUUAAGUAUAAUUUUAUAAUGUAUUUAUUCUGAUAAGCAUUUAUAACUUAAUAUAUGAAAAUCUCAAAUUAAGUCAUUAAACAGAAAGUGGGAUUCAUCAAACUGAGCUCCCUGGUCCAUUUUUAACAUUUCAAUUUGCACAGAGAAAAUAACUACAUAAACUUUUUAGAACUAUGCUCCUCGUGUACAUUAACACAUAACCAUUUUAAUAUAAAAGACUAAACAUCUAGAGGUAAGAGGUAAACAUGGGGGUAAAGUUUGAAAUAAAAAUGUUAAUGAAAAAUAUAGCCAUUAUGUAAAUAUAAAAAGAUAUUUUGGCAGAUAAAGUCAAAAUAUAAAUGUAUAUGUUGCACAACUAUGUCAGAAUUGUAUAUUUUUUAAAGAGAAAUUGUCUUGGAUAUUUCCUUCCAUGUAAUGUAUAUAUCUUUAAGAUAUAAUAAGUAUAUUUGCUCUUUUGGUUUAUUGAUUCUUGCCUUUUUUCUCUCCACCAAAAAUAUAAAAAUGUAUGCAUGCCUGUACAUCAAGUUGCACAAUUGAUUUCUGAGAAAAAUCAAGUUGAAAUAGUAACAUAAAUUAGCUAGGACUUUUCUCAUAUUAAAGUAUGAGAAACAAACAGAAAAGUAUUUAAUUGUAAACCAUUCUUCUCAUAUCGAAUUACUGAAGUAUCAUUAAAGUCAUU